UCCUCCUUUUCUAAUAUCUCUGACCAAACUCAGAAAAGAGUAGCUAGGUUGCUAGCGUUAGCUAUAGCUAUUUACUGGUGCAUUGGGUUGUUUUAAACCAAAGAGAAUGGCCAAGCAGCUAGAAACGGAUUUGGAUGGGAUGUAGUUUGUGUGACGGGGGUGUUUGUUGUGUUGUGUACUGACCGCGGUGGGGAGGUAUGACUUGGGUGUUGACGCAGUACCUAACCAACGGAAUUUGCAAUACCAGCAUAGACAAAUUGGGAUGUCAAUGAAGCAAGUGCAUCGGGCCUGAGCACAGAGUGCUGACGAUGCUAGGGCUACCAUGGGUAGCGUCACACUGCGCUAUUUCUGCUAUGGCUGCCUCUUCACCUCCGUGACCUGGUCCGUCCUACUCUUCCUCUACUUCAGCCUGGGCCAAGACGGCGGCCGGUCCACCUUCAGGUAUGUGCCCAUCCAGGGGCCCCAGGCCCACCGCUUCCAACCCCGCUUCUCCAAGGGCCCUGGAGGAGGGCCAGAACAUGGCAUUACGGCAGUCCCUGCAGCAGGAGCAGGAGGCAACAAGCAGGCCGAUCUCUCUCCUGAGAUGGGUAUGAUUUUUAAUGAGCAAGACCAGGAGGUGCGCGACAUGGGCUAUCACAAGCAUGCUUUCAACGUACUGAUCAGCAAUCGACUAGGCUACCACAGAGACCUCCCGGACACUAGGGACGAGAAGUGCCGAGACAUGAUCUAUCCUCUGUCCCUCCCCGUGGCCAGCGUAGUGAUCUGCUUCUUCAACGAGGCGUUCUCCGCCCUCCUGCGCACCGUGCACAGCGUCCUGGAUCGCACGCCGGCCUACUUGCUGCAUGAGAUUAUACUGGUGGAUGACAGCAGUGAACUAGCUGAUCUGAAGGAAGAUCUUGACAGCUAUGUCCAGCAACACAAACUCCAGGUCAAGGUCAAGGUGGUCCGCAACGAGAAGAGAGAGGGAUUGAUCAGAGGGAGGAUGAUAGGUGCUUCUCAUGCCACCGGGGAGGUGCUUGUGUUCCUGGACAGCCACUGUGAGGUGAAUGAGGCGUGGCUGCAGCCUCUGCUGGCUCCCAUCCAGCGGGACCGCAAAACAGUGGUGUGUCCCGUCAUCGACAUUAUUAGCGCUGACACCCUGGCCUAUAGCCCCUCCCCCAUUGUCCGGGGGGGCUUCAACUGGGGGCUGCACUUCAAGUGGGACACUGUGCCCGCCUCAGAGCUCAACAGUCCCGACGGAGCAGUGGGCAGCAUCAGGUCUCCCACCAUGGCAGGUGGUCUGUUUGCCAUGGACAGGAAGUACUUUAACGAGCUGGGCCAAUACGACAGGGGAAUGGACAUCUGGGGUGGUGAGAACCUUGAGAUCUCCUUCCGGAUCUGGAUGUGUGGUGGCCAGCUCCUGAUCAUCCCCUGUGCGCGGGUGGGUCAUAUAUUCCGUAAACGCCGGCCUUAUGGGUCACCCGGAGGUCAGGACACCAUGGCCCACAACUCACUGCGAUUGGCCCACGUAUGGAUGGAUGAAUACAAGGAGCAGUACUUAAACCUACGGCCGGAACUCCGGGAACGUGCCUACGGCGACAUCAGCGAGCGGCAGGCGGUGCGCCAACGGCUGCAGUGUCGCUCUUUCAAGUGGUACCUGGACACCAUCUACCCCGAGAUGCAGGUUGCCUCGCCCCACAACAAGCCCCAGCAGCCUGUGUUCGUCAACAAGGGCCUCCGCCGGCCAAAAGUGUUGCAGAGAGGCCGGCUGCGGAACCUGCAGGCUGACAAGUGUCUGGUGGCCCAGGGGAGGUCCACCCAGAAAGGGGGUGCCGUGGUGCUGAGGUCCUGUGACACUCACAACCCAGAACAGGAGUGGGCCUAUGAUGAGGAGCACGAGUUGAUCCUAGCCGGCCUGCUGUGUCUGGACAUGUCGGAGAUCCGCUCGUCUGACCCACCCCGCCUCAUGAAGUGUCACGGCUCAGGGGGCUCCCAGCAGUGGACCCUGGGGAAAAGCAACCGGCUGUAUCAAGUCUCAGUGGGCCAAUGCCUGGCCGUGGUCGACCCAAUCAGCCCCAAGGGAUAUGUUGCCACGGCAAUCUGCAACGGCUCUCAGUCCCAGCAGUGGCAGUUGGAGGGCUGAUGUUGAUACCCCACGACUAGUUACAUACCAGACGCUGACUGCCCAUCCCUCUGGAUGGGAGGAGUACUGCAUGCUGCUACAACUAAGCAAGAGAGGGAUGGAACUAAUUAUACGGACUGUUCUUGAAGACUUGGAGAAAACGAAUGCUGUUUGUCUUCAGAACUGCUUCCGGCCUGACGUGCACAAAGUAUGGAUCUCUAAGUGGGUACGCUAUAUGUACUGUAGUCAUUCGUAUGCCUGAAUUCCCCUCUUGAAAAUUAGUAUUCCAUGUCCUGUUUUAGAUAUUUUUUACAAUGCAUCAUGCAAAUCAUUUUUAAUUUAAUCCAAUUUGCACAGCACUCUUGCAUUAGACAAUUCAGAGAAACGUUUAAUCUUGUAUAAGUCCCGAACAAGUGUUUACUAAGAACAAUGGACUGCCAGUGUUAGAGGUUUUAGAGUUAAAUUGCAUUUUAUUCUGUACUUAUUACAAUCUGAUAUUAAUUGCUAUGACAUACAGUACUGCAUGUUAUUUCUUUGGGAGUAUCUUUCUGUUGUACAAAUAUUUUGAUCACUGGAGUUUGUUUUUGAAGUUAUGUAUUUUUCAUGCCCUUGAAAUGUGCAAGGCAACUUCCUUAAUACUGUAUUGAUAGGCUACACUGUGUUAGCGCUACAUCAGGUAUAUUGACCAAGUGAUGGGUAGUGUGUGCAGAAUACGUAAAUCAUGUCGAAUAGGCUAAAUAGAAAUGGAAUUUCCUACAGUAUGUAGCGGUCUUGGGUCAUGCCCACAAUACUCGCAAAAUCAUCCAUACUCACGGUCUGUUCUGCACUCUACUAGUGAGCUAUGAUGGUUGAACAAGAUCUGACAAUGAUUUGAGUUCUAGUUUUUUCCCUUAUCCAAAUGUAAUUUCUUAAGUUAUGCGGUGCAGUUAUUCCCUUUUGCAAUGAGGCAACCAACUAAAUGUUUAUUUGAAGUAUGAACAUCCCUUGACUAAUUUGCAAUUGAUAAAAAUUCUGGCUCAGACGCUUAUUAAAAUGUCGUCCAUUUACCCCCACAGAGAAACGUAGCGCAAAUUUAAGAUGUAAAAUAUUUUAUUUUUUGUAAAUGAUCCUAAAUCUGAUUCCAAACCCCAUCACACGCUGUAUACUUCAAAAAGGCUUUUUAGACAUUACUAUACAGGCAAAGAAAAGAGACACUAUUAAAGAGGUCUGAAUAUUGUACAAGAGGAGAAAAUAUCCGAGAAACAAAUUUCAUUAACCAUUAUGGAAAAUUAUAUACAAUUGAUUCUUCUGAAAGUUUAAAAAGACAUCAUGCCAUGUACUGUUUAUUACAACGAGACUGAAUAUACCAACUUUUGUGCACACAAAUGAAAACUUCAUUUCAAACUGGUCAACGAAAUGCUAGUACCAGAUUCCAAUUUUCGUGAUUGAGUGUAAAGAAAUCAAAAACAUCAUACAGUAGCAUAUUUUUUUCUCAACUAGCCAGCACUAAACAGAAUGUUUAAGAAAUGUAAACAAAAAACAGAAAUCAUUUUAUGUGAAAAGUAAAUAAUUGAGUCUCCUGCAACUGGUAAGAAAAAAUAUUCCCCCCCCCCAAGCACAGCAUUAUCUGCAUGAGGUGAAUCUCAGAGUGACUGCUGUACACAUACAGUUAAAGAAGCAAACUGAUGGUAUGGGUGGCUUUCAACCUUAAAUUCACAGUUCUCUCUAAUUCUACAUUCACAUCAGAUUAACUAGGGUUAGGAUUUCAGUCGUCUCGAUGUGAUUGGUGCUCUCUGCAAUUCUUUGAUUGCGCGUGUCAAUGCAAACAGAAAUUGAUCUAAGGAAAAUUAAACGCAAAGCAUAUUCUUCAAGUGGUCAGAAUUUGACAACGCAACUUAAUUCUAAAUACAACAAAAAUACUCUAGAUUUUUUUUUUUUACACAUUCUGUACAGUUUUAUACAGCACAUAAACUCUUAGAAUGAUAUGACAUCCUUCUUAAAUACUUUUGUCAAAAAAAAAUGUAAUUCACCCAAACAGCCAUGGUAGCAUUUGGUCAAUUGUUUACUUAAUUGACUAUUUACACUUUGUAUAAAGUAACACGUUCUGAUCAGACUGAAAACCUGGGCAGCAGUUUGCCGGCGAUUCGAUAAUAAAUACAAAAAUUCUCGUAUUUUACAUAAAAGGAAAAAAACUGACUCAUGGAAUCAAGUAUGUUCGACUAAAUUUGUUUUAGUGCAAGUUAAUAAUCCCUUAGCUUUGUCCCUAAGGAAGUCUUCUCUGUACAUUCCUUGUUCAGUGGUGUCUACAUUUCUGUAACUAUAUGUAUAUAUAUAUAUAUAUUUGUAUAUAUUUCAUAAUCCAGAGGACCUGCCUCUAACUAAAUAAGGCGGUGGCCAGCACAAAACUCUCCUGGUCAACUGGUGAAUUCUACCCCAAAACACCCUCCCCUUAAUCCAUUUAUAUAAGUGAAAGACUCGGUUCUCAGCCUCAAAAAGAAUUGUCUUCGUGCCUGCGAUGCCCCUUCCCUCUUUAGUCUUCUCUAACAGUUCUGCGGUCAGUGUCUUGCCCUGAUAAGUUGUCUUUGUUUAAGUAAUACAAUGUUUUUCAGCUGAUGAACCAACAAGCAUAUAAAAAGAUAAGGAAUGCGCCAUCA